AUGUGGUACGUCUGGGCCCUACCGCUGCUGAUGGUGCUGCACUGCAGGUCCACUCUGCACAGCAGCGGCUGGUGCAGGAAGGGCUGUGAUUGUCACGGGGAGUUUAAACUGAUGAACUGCUCUGACACGCUCCUCACACACAUCCCCACCAACAUCCCCCCCUUCACUGAACACUUGGACCUGUCGCUGAACCAGCUGGGCCUUGUCCCUGCCAGGGCGUUCCAGGCUCUCCUGAGGCUGCGAGUUCUGCUCCUCAAUGACAACAACAUCAGCUCAGUGGCUGUGGGGGCCUUCUCCCCGCUGGAGAGCCUACAGAGGCUGGACCUGAGCCGAAACAGCAUCUCCUACCUCACAAAGGGCUUCUUUCUGGGCCUGGGGUCCCUGAAGGAGCUGCAGCUCUCAGAGAACCGGCUGACCCACCUGGACAGCGGGAACUUCCAGCACCUCGACAGCCUGCAGAGACUCAACCUCAGCAGCAAUAAGAUCAGCUCCAUCCAGGUGAGGGCCUUCUGCUGCAUGACUGUGCUGCGCAACCUGUACCUGGAGGACAACCAGCUGCGAUGCCUAAGCAAUGGAGUCUUCUCCACACUCAGGUCGCUGGAGGUCCUCUAUCUACAGCAAAACAACAUCAGCAGCACUGAGCCAGGUGUCUUCACCCCUCUCACCAGCCUGGCUCUGCUCAACCUGGCAAACAACUGUCUGAGCUUCAUACCCUUCAAGACCUUCCUGAGCAUCCACACCCCCGGCACCCACAUUCUGCUGGCGGACAACCCCUGGCACUGCCACUGCGACCUGCAGAGAGUGUUCCGGAAGGUGCGCAGCGUGCAGAGGCUCUUCCUGGACGACUACUACAACCUGAGCUGCAGGGAGCCACCGGAGCUGCAGGGGUACCAGCUGAUGGAGGUGGACGCAGAGCUGUGUAUCGCAGAGACGGUCACCGUGCUCAUCAUCACUGUCACCGUGGUGAUCACCGUGGUGGCCGCCAUCGUCAUGGCAGAGAAGUCCAGGAAGAAGCGCACAGGCAAGCAAUGGUGUGAGGACAAUCAUGUGACCUACAAUUAUCAGAGCUAG